AUUGCUUACUAUUGGUGUUAUUCUCCCGUUGACUUUUUUUCUUUUGCAUUUAUAUAUACAUAUUAAGUUACUUAUUUAUUCACAUAAUGGGGUUGAAAGAUAUUGGGUCCAAAUUGCCACCGGGGUUUCGGUUUCAUCCAAGCGAUGAAGAGUUAGUUUGUCAUUAUCUUUGCAACAAGAUUAGGGCCAAAUCUGACCACGGUGAUGUUGAGGAUGAUGACGUUGAUGAAGCCUUGAAGGGUGCUAGUGAUCUUGUGGAGAUUGACUUGCAUAUUUGUGAGCCAUGGCAGCUUCCUGAUGUGGCAAAGCUGAAUGCAAAAGAAUGGUACUUCUUCAGUUUUCGCGAUAGAAAAUAUGCAACUGGAUAUCGUACAAACAGAGCGACGGUAAGUGGGUACUGGAAAGCAACAGGGAAGGAUCGGACGGUGAUGGAUCCACGAACAAGCCAAUUGGUAGGGAUGAGAAAAACACUGGUCUUCUACAGGAACAGAGCACCAAAUGGGAUCAAAACUACUUGGAUCAUGCACGAGUUCCGUCUUGAGUGUCCAAACAUGCCACCUAAGGAAGACUGGGUCUUGUGCAGAGUGUUCAACAAAGGCAGAGACUUGUCACUACAAGACAGUAACUAUGACAAUGAUCAUCAGACGCAAAGGCUUGAGGUUAAUGACGCUCCGGAUCUUAAUUACGCUCCUAAUUACAACAAUCAGUUGCAACCCUUACUAUCAUCCCCUCCUUCCACCACCAUCGACCCUCCACAUCAUCAUGAUCAGUGGGAGCAGCUAAUGAAGCAGCCUUCAAGGAUCAUAGACCAUCCCUAUCACCACCAUUGUCAACAUCAAUCUACAUGUGGUUGGGAGCAGAUGAUGAUUGGGUCGAUGUCGUCAUCGUCGAGCCAUGGUCCUGAUCACGAGUCCUUACAUAAUUUGCUUUAUGCCGACAAAAACAACAGUGUCAACAUCGCUGCUGAUCAUCAUGAUCAGAACUAUGAGAAGAUAUUGUUGCCAUCAUACAUCGCGAGUUUAGAUCAUGACAAGACAUGUAUGGGGUCAUCAUUCGAUAUUGGCAUGAUCUCUGAUCUUCACAUGGAAUGUGCUGGCUUGAGUUUUGAGACGGAGAACCUCCUCGCUUUCCAUUAAAACACACAUAACACAAAGGUUUUCACAUAUAUUGGCCGAUUUGUUGAUUCGUGAAAUAAAUAUAUAUAGUAUCUGUAGAUUUACAAAAUAUUAUACAUGUAAGUUGUGUGGCUUUGGGUAUAGUGUUUGUGAUUAUAGUUUUUUAGGAGGUUAUUAUAAUUAGUGUUUUUAGUUUUUUUAGUUUAUAGGUGUCAUUUAUACUUAUAAAUAUUAUUUUCAUUAUAAGUUUCUUGUUGUAAAUAAUUUCAUAGAUAUUCAUCAUCUACCAAUAUUAGACAUCUUUCAUCUUUCAUUAA